CCGCCCUCGCACUCUGCUCGCGUCGCUUAACUUCCGAACUUCCGAAGCUCGCGCAGAGUUCUCGGAAACUUUAUCCGUGGAUCAACUUGCGAGUUUCACGCAAAAGCGUUGACACUUGCCGACUUAUGGCUUUGGAACUAAUCUCGAUAAAUGAGAACGAGUUGUAAGAAGAUUUUGAUGUGAAAAGUUAGAACCAGUUGCACUUGCAUUGCGUGCAGGAGCCUGCUUACUAAUAUCAACUUUUGUUAUGUGAGUGGAGUGCGCGUGUACUUUAACGUGUUACAGUGAUAUCUGGCGGUGAAUUGGAAACAUUUAAAUAAUUAUGCAGUAUUCUAUUUAUAUUAAGUAACAGACAACGCAGUGGAUAGUGUAAGCGCGUUAGUGAUGUGACUGCCAGUGUGAACUGGAUGUAGUGCGGUGAUGCUAGUGAUGCUGGGCCCACGCGUGGUGACAGUGUAGUGAGCGACGGCGGCGGCGGCGAGUGAUGCAGUGAGCGGCUCACAGCGCCGACAUGGCGGACGACAACACCAUCAUAGAGGGCACCGUUAAGUUCAGGGAUGGGAAAAAGUGGAAGUCCCGGUGGUGCGUGAUGCGCAAGCUGUCGCCAGUAGCAGAUUGUGUGCAUCUGCAACUGUAUCGCGACUCGAAGGCGCGAUGGGGCGGCGCCACCACGAAGGCUUCGCUGUCCUUGCAGCAGUACCUUGGCUGUGAGAGUGGCUUUACACUGGACAAGCAUUCCAAUACGUUGGCACUCGUGUGUCGAGACCUAGUAGCUAUACUCGCGUUCGAGACAAGAGAACGACUCAUACAGUGGCAGGUAAAAGUGAGCGGCCAUCUGGGAGAACCUCGCCACUACUUGGUAUUAGUGGGAGGUGGAGGUAGUGGUGGUGGAAAGCGCCUCCCACCAGGACCUGCUCGACUACACUUGCACGAGAGAAGGUUUGCGCUCACCGCUGGAGUACCACCGCGGUUACUUGGGAUCUGGGAGUUAGCGCAUCUCAGGCGAUUUGGUGUGGUGGAAGGUCGCUUUUGCUUCGAAGGAGGUUCCCACUGCGGUAAAGGCGAAGGGUUGCAUGUGCUUAUCAGCGAUCAAGCUCGGGAAAUAGCUCAUGACUUCAACUUGGCAUCACAGGGUCGUUUGUCACCAAAAAGGCGACCCUUAGUUGCGAAGAAAAGUGAAGGUGCAGAAAGUCCUAAAUCACAUAAAACUUAUCGACCUGAUACGAGACUUUCAGAAUUGCAAACUGUGGAUCAUUCUGUACAGUCAAUGGAUCGUCUUUAUGAAGAUCCGUGUAUAGGUGAAGAAGCUGGAGCAAUAUCACCGUAUUGGCCAUCAACAGAAAGAACUCAUUUCCAAGACAUGGGACUGGGUGAUACCGCUUCGGUGAAUGAGGCGGUGGAGGGCACUGAUACAACUCCAUGGAAUAUGACCGGGAACGUCACGUUGGAACGUUGUAUGAGUUGCAUCUCAAAACUUGGUGCCUUGUCAAGGUCAUCCACUGCAGCGUUGACGCCUGGUGCUAAACAUUUUAAUCCUGCGUGGACAAUGGAAGCAGUAAACGAAACACCCCAUGUAGAAACUGUGGCCGUUGAAAUCCCACAAAGUUGUGAUGAGUACUCUAAUAUAAUUAAUAAGACUGAGGAAUUAUGUCAUUGUGAUGUGCCGCCCCAUAGACCUCCAAAGCCUACUAGAUUAGAUCUCAACCUUAACAAAAAGCCACCGAUGCCCCUACCUUUACAAACUUGUAGUUGCUCUCAUGUUGUUUGCAUUGAAGAAAGUAAAUCGUCUAAAAUAGGACCUUAUGAAAAUUAUGAUGUGCCAAAAGUUCCUUCAGCAGAGGUUGAAGGAGAAUACUACGAUACACCAAAGAGACUCAAAGAAUGUCUUAAUAGUGACCUUUUCAAAAUAACAAAAAAUUCUACUACAAACACACUUAUAUUAAAAAAACCUUGUGGAUGUUUACUAAAAUUCGGAAAAAGGCCAAAAGAACCUACUAUUAUAGAUGCAGAUGAAACAUUACAACCAACUUCCAAUUGUGCUUGUCAAAGGGUUACCGACUGGGCAAAUAAUUGGAUUAAAAUCCCUUACUGUAGGAAAAAUACCACUUCAACAGAUAACUUAACUCCAAACAAAGAAAAUUUAAGACCACCUCCUAGUGACCGCAGUGCACUCUAUGCAACAAUUGAUCUUUCUCGUAAGACAAAAAGAAAAUUACGGCCUAGUAUUUCUCAUGAUGAAAUUACGUCUGAAUAUUAUUUUAAAAGUACUGAUACGAGGAAAAUAGAAAUUGACGAAGGUCCAUUAGCCAAUUAUGAAAAUUUAAGUUUUGCUUUAUCAUUAGAACAUUAUGAAAAUGCCAAAGAUCUUUUAAGAAAAGCUGGCAUUACACAAUCGGAAUUAAAUGCUAUAACUACAAAUUUAAAGCCAAUCGCGUAUAAAGUAGUAAAUGGAAAAAAUGUUUGCACAAAGUGCGGUCAUCCUCAAAUGAAAUGUGAUAAUAAUGACAAUCGCGAAGCGAAUAUUGCUAAUGUAGGCGACGAUUAUCUAAUGAUGGAACCCAAUACAAGAGAAAGUAAUAAAAUUGAGCAAAAUAAGCAUUUGCCUGCUGGAUACACACCAAUGUCACCAAUAGGAGGUUUUGCUUUUCACACAAUGAAACAUUCUUCAAAGAGUCCCAUUAAUAGGUUAUUAGAAGAAAAAUCUGCAAGCAAUCCGACGCUUUGUGGAUCCGAAGAAGAUCGACCAACGAUUACUGAUGAUCCUAAUAAAAGCACAGCACGAACAUCUGUCGAACGUGUAGAUAAAAUAGAAUACAGGAAGCGUUCAAGUUCUGCAGAUUCAUCUCGAUUUCUUGAAGACGUGAAAGAGUUUGAAGGUAGUGUUGGAAGUCAUGGAUCAACAUCCUCAAUAGAAACGUUGCGAAAUAUAGCUCUUGAAACUGACCGUGUUUCAACUUCAUGUGAAUGCGCAGCAGAAAAUAAACACUCGGAUGCAGACAGUUCGGAAGCAUCGAAGGGCACUCGAGGGCGAGGUGUGGUACUAUCAAAACGAUCGUCAUCGGUGCCUGGAAAGGCAGGUGGUAAUCGCGAUUCGUCAAGUUCGAAUGAUUCUGGUGUAUCAAGUUGUUCAUUGCGGCCGGGAGGAGAGCUAGCAGAAUUCGAGCUGCCGCUAACGACGGCAGCUACGCGCCGGCAUUACAGGAGUGCACGGCGUGCGGCUGGUGCACUGCACAUAUCAUUGCCACGUCGUUCCAAGUCUACUGAUCCGCUACAGGCCGGUGGUACACAGUCACUCCGCAUACCGGCUAAAUCUUCUUCUGCGGAAGCGGAAGUGCCCGUGUUAUCUAUAAAACCACUUCGAGGUGUAGUGGAUACACACAGCACGUCGAGUGGCACCUCAGACAUGUCGGACUAUAUCGAGACUCUCUCCAUCUGCUCCUCACACUCCUCGACGGAUACGCCUAUCACCAUGCGGGUGGUGCGGCAAACGACGAGCACGCUGCGGCCUCGCUCUGGCAAGGAGUACCACAACCUCGACCCGCGGCUCACUUCGGUGUACCGCGCGCCGCUCUCACACCCGGCCCAGUCCACGCCCUCCACUCGUCACUACUCUACUCAGCAAUAGUCGUUUUUCAAUCGCGAUUAGUUUAUGAUUACAAAAAGUUUAGUUACCAAAUGUUUUCGUUGUAAAAAUGAGACGAGAACGUAGCAAUAUUAUCUAUAUGCUAUUGUCCUGGAAACCAGGCGAGUUCUAGUAUAUACAAAAUAAUGAUUUUAUAUAGCGAGGUUAUUUAUAUCUAGUCAUCGACCUAUACAGUGUUAUUUUCAAAAGUACUCUAUCUGUUUUGAUCUGUAUUGACAGUUUUACGUGCAAAUCUCUCGGUUCUUGCCGUUGUGGGCGAGCGACGAGGCGAUCAGCGUUACCUACUGUUCGUUUCUCCCGUAUUAGAUGUAAUCCGUCCAUGAGCACACCCAAAGCAUCGCAAACAGCGACCGAUCCCUAGUCCGUGUCUCCGACACAAUUUUUAAUUGCAAUUGCUUCUCAAUGUACUUUCAUCAAUCAAUUAAUUUAUUUUAUUAGAAUGUUGAAAUUUGUAUAAAAUGUAAAUGAAUUUUUACUAUUUUCUUACUUAUUGUAGGCGUUUAUGAGAAUAUUGUAUAAUACUGUCCGUAUUUGGAACGAAUGUGCCCGUCACAAGUAGAACUUAAUAGAACAAUCCAAUUAUGUACCUCUAUUAGACGAUUAUAGAAACUAUACGAAUUAUAUGACAGGUGAAAUAAAAAGAUAACGAUGUGUAUUACAUUACUAGCGUAAGGUGCAGCCAAGUAUUGCAUUCACUUCAAAAGUUUGCUAAUGAAAUAUUUAAUUGAACUUGAAAAAAAAAAGACUAUUUCGUAUAAAUAAUGAAUUUCCUCAACAUAGGAUCAACAGAUCCCAAUCAUUGUUCACUCGACAGUACGCGCUUGUUGUCCGUAGUUUCUAUAAUAGAGUUGUACCAGAGUGGGAUUUUACUAUCUGUCAAAUAUAUAGGAUCACAGCGAGAUCAAUGUAUCUUUUUAUGUAGCUAUUAAUAUAUAAUAUCUUGUGUAGUUAUAGUAUAUAAAUGGAAUCGGGUGAUAAAGUCAUAGACUGUUUUCUUUACUCCUCUAAUACAGUUCAUUUUUGAUAUAGUAAUAUUUUAAGUAUUUAUUUUCAUAUAUAAUUUUUUCAUCGAUUCAAAAGUUUCAUCACAAGUUUAUGAUAUUAUAUAUAAAUACAUCAAUUUAGUUUAUUUCCGUAAUUCUUCACUCACAUUAAUGCAUCGCCUACUCGUACCUAUUUCCUGUUUGCCCAAUGGCUAACGGGUAGAGAACACGAUCCGGUGUUAAGACAAAUUUUAUAUAAAUAAAUAACAUUUCACAUUUUCUCUUUAUUUAAUACUAAAAUAUACGUGUGAUCAUAUAUAUUUGACAGUAUAAUAAAUCCCUAGACCGGCCUCAGCUUAGUAUCCCUAGGUACCAAUAAUAAUUUAUAGUAUAUCCAUAAAUUAAUGGAAACAAUUGCUUUUAUUUAUGACCAAAAACUUAGGAGUAUUUAUUUGCAUGAAAUGUAGAGUUUAUAAUGUUAUCUUAUACAUAUAGAAUUGAAAUGAACUUUGAUUUCAAACUUUUAUCCUGCGUUAAUUAUAAAUAUUGCCGUCGUUUUAUAAUAAUGUAUAAAUAUAAUAAAUAAUUAUAUAAUAAUAACUGAUACAUUAAGUGCUAUAUUUUAAGGUCAGAUACAUACAAUCCAUUAUUCAUAACAAUACAAUGUAUAUAUAAACAAUUACCGAUGUAAAUUUUUAUGAUUAUAUUAGAUAUAUGAAAAGAAUACGCGAUUAUAGUAUGUAUCGUCUACAACGACUCUGUCUCCACUCUGUUGCGGUGAUAUUAAUAUUUUGAUAUUCGAAGUUUAUCUCAAUUAAAAUUCUGAGUUGUCGACUCUACGUGUGCGACUUGCGAUAGUUGAGUAGUUGCUGUUACGAAUCUCACUACAUAGCAAUAAGCAGUGCAACUAAAAGUGAUCCAUUGUGUAAUGUAAAUAAGAAUUAUAAUUGUACGUGCUAGGUUGUUAGGGGGGUAAUGGUGCGUUUGCGAGGCUCCGCUCUCGCGCCUCGCGACACGCGGCGCGCGCUCGUACAACACGGGCGGUAUGCCAAGUUGUAAUUCUGUAGGAUCCACGCAACUGAACAACUUGCCCCAAAGAAGCAUAGUCGAAAUCUCAAUAUAUCUUUCUUACUAAAUACAUCAGACGAGUGUGCAAUUAGUAUGAAAAUUUAAAAGAUUAUUUGAAGAAUUCGACUGAAUUUCCCGGCGAUUAUUUAGUUUCGUGGAUAUUAUCACUGGGUUUCAGCUCAGUGUACCCGCUAUGAUUGUUCCUGUAUAUUGUGUGUUAUUUCGUAUUCCACGAUAAUCUCCACCGUGAGACAGCGCCGCGUGAGGCGCGAGACGCGAGCCCGCAGCGGAUUCGACAGGCCCGAAGACUGGAUUUGUAAGCAGGUUGUUUAGACAUUACGCUAGCGAAUGAAUUUAUAUAAACUAACGUUAAACUUGAAUUUCUGAAUAAAAAACAUGAAU